GCGAAAUAACUUUCUGGAUAACUUGAGAUAACAGCUGGCAGCAAAUGUCACAAGUCUUCCCCAGUUUGGAUAAAGUUGUUUUUUACGUGCGGGGAUCUUUGGACUUUCCUCUGGUAUUUAGAGCAGCUUCCUGACCAGUUUUCCACCUGUUAUUUAAUUAAAGCACAAUGGCAAGAGUUCUAGUUGGUGUCAAGCGUGUUAUUGACUAUGCUGUCAAGAUUCGGGUGAAGCCGGACAAAAUGGGAGUGGUGACUGAGGGUGUUAAGCACUCGAUGAACCCCUUCGAUGAGAUUGCCGUGGAGGAGGCUGUGAAAAUGAAGGAAAAGAAGCUAGCUUCGGAGAUUGUUGCUGUGUCUGUGGGUCCUGCACAGUCACAGGAAGUAAUCCGAACGGCUCUGGCCAUGGGUGUUGAUCGUGGGAUUCAUGUGGAAGUAGCAGGGGCAGAGUAUGAACUCCUUCAGCCGCUGCAUGUGUCCAAAAUCCUAGCCAAGUUGGCUCAGGAGGAGAAGGCAGACCUUGUGAUUCUUGGGAAGCAAGCCAUUGAUGAUGAUGCCAAUCAAACUGCCCAGAUGACAGCUGCCCAGCUCGAUUGGCCCCAAGCCACUUUUGCCUCCAAGGUGGAGCAGACCUCUGACGGCCUCACAGUCGUCCGGGAGAUCGAUGGUGGCCUCGAGACCAUCAAAUGCAAAGCCCCAGCAGUCAUUAGUGCUGAUCUUCGGCUCAACACGCCCAGAUAUGCCACUCUUCCCAAUAUUAUGAAAGCCAAAAAGAAGCCAAUCAAGAAGGUAACACCGAAAGAUCUGGGAGUUGAUACAUCGCCCAGAAUUGAGGUAAUCUCCGUGGAGGAUCCACCAGUUCGUCAGGCUGGGUCCAUUCUGCCCGACGUGGACACUCUCAUUGGAAAACUGAAGGAAGGCGGACAUAUCAAGUAAUUUGAAGCCGAAAGUCAGACUCCUAAUUCCCAUCAAAAAUCCCAAUUGGCAGUCCAUCCCCAGAAAAUUUGUGCAUUUAAAAGAGGAAUUUAAUAAGAUUUUCUAUAUCGGAA